AACAAGAAGAAUUAUCUGAGUUGUACUCUUUAAGUUCCACUCAUCUUUCUCUUCACUCUUUUUUCUAAAAUGGCAAGAAUGUCUCAAGAACCACUUAUUGUUGGGAGAGUGAUAGGUGAAGUUCUUGAUUUCUUCACCACAAGCAUGAAAAUGACUGUGAGUUUCAACAAGAAACAAGUCUUCAAUGGUCAUGAGUUUUUCCCUUCCACUAUCAACAUCAAGCCAAAAGUUGAGAUUGAUGGUGGUGACAUGAGAUCCUUCUUCACACUGGUGAUGACUGACCCUGAUGUUCCUGGCCCUAGUGACCCUUAUCUGAGAGAACACUUGCACUGGAUUGUGACAGAUAUUCCAGGAACAACAGAUGCUACAUUUGGGAAAGAAGUGGUAAGCUAUGAAAUACCAAAGCCAAAUAUUGGAAUCCACAGGUUUGUGUUUGUUCUGUUCAAACAAAAAAGCAGAGAUUCAGUGACAGUAACACCAUCUUCAAGGGAUCAUUUCAACACUCGCAACUUUGCUUCACAGAAUAACCUUGGUCUUCCUGUUGCUGCUGUUUACUUCAAUGCUCAGAGAGAAACUGCUGCAAGAAGACGCUAGAACAACAAGAAUUGGUUCAACUUGAAGCAACUAAAAUAAUCAAAAUAUUAAAUAAAGUGAUUAUUAAUAUUAGUAUUAAAUUCUACUACUAUAUGCUAUAUUAUGUAACCUAGCUAGUGAUUAAGUACGUACGAGGAGGAGUUUGUUUGACUCUAAUCACAUCGUGUGUGUGUUUGUCUCAGAAAGGGAAUCAUUUUAUGUACUAUGCUAUUGCUAUAGCUUGCUAUAAUGUCCAUUGGAUGUAUGUGAUUGUACUGUAACUUUGUUAUGUGUCUAUGUAUCAAAGUAGUAGUCUUUAAUCUUGUCUCAUUAUAUACAUAUUAAGAAAUAAAGAGUUUCUUGUUUUCCUUUCGUUA